GGAAUCAGAGAAGGCCUCCCAGAGGUGAGAUGCUAGCAUGAGUUUGGAAACUUGGGUAGGACUUUGCAAAGUAGAGGAGGAGACAGCAUUCCAGAUGGAGGGAGCAGCAUGCAUGUCCCUGAUGUAGCUGUAAAUGGUCUUUGGGCCUUCGAUGUGAAGAACUCUUUAGUGAUGGAGGUGAUCGAUGCACGAAAGAUAAAGACAGAAGAAGAACUCACAGAGAACAUCGGGCUUCCCCUGUGUGUGCUUGAGAAACACAAUCCUUGGCCAGCCUAUGUGACAUAUAUGUCCCCGAUGGUGAAGAGACUCAUUGAGAAAAGCAAAGCUAGAGAUCUGGAAUGCGCGCAGGCACUCGAGGAAAGCCAACGGACAUUGAGGCAGAACAAGCUGGCCAGCAUCACGCAGCUGAAAAGGAAAAAGUCAUCUAAGGGCCCUGGAAACUUGAUGUUGAAGGACAUGAGGUCAGAGACCAUGUUAUCAGUGUGGAGCUCCUACUCCGUACCGGCCACAGGUCCCACCGCUAUGCCAGAGCCAAGGCACUUCCAUACGGAUUCCAGAGAAAAUCCCACUGCAAACUAUAACAAGAUCAUCUUCUCUCGAAAACCCAUGAUGAGGCUGCUUCCGUACAGCUCCCUUCUAGUCAGCAAAGAGAAACAUUCAAGUGUUUAGCAGGGAGCCCCUGCAGUCAUCUCCACCCCUCCACCAAGAUCGUACAGUAAUUAAGCUCCAUGUGCUGCAAAUUUCCCUAUGUCCUUUAAAUGUGAACUUGUCCCUGCUUGUGCAGAGGUUGGCUGAGAUAAACCAGAUCUGAAUGUGGGCCGUGGGUGGGCAGGUAUACCCCCUCCAGCAUGACAGUCAGAUGGGGUUGGGAAACCCCACGCCCCAGUUCCUGCCAUAUAUGCUUAGAACCUAACUGAGGAUGAAUGAGUUCCAUUCCAGGCAGGACACAGAAACCACACCGGUUACUAAACCAGAGGUAAUCCAAUAGAAAGAAUUACUAACCAGGUAACUGGAAAGGUGGGAUGAGAACCCAGUGGUAUUAGUGG